AUGUGCGCGGCCCCAAUUCGUUUUGAAGAAAUUGCCUAUAAUUAUGGAUUUAUUCCUGCUGAACCUGAAAAAAGUCGUAGUUACUGUCUAGUCUACCGUCUGUUCAAGGAAUGUCUUGAAGAAGAUCCGCGUGUUGUCCUCGUCAAAGGCAAUGAGGAUGUUAUUCAAAUAAAAGAUAUCCGCGGGUCUUUGGGAGAUCGCGAGAAAUUCAUCGUCUAUAGCCAAGACAUUAUUGACUAUUAUCCCUUUAAUUUGGGCAGCAAAGGUGUCGGAUUUCUAAUUGAAGCUAAAAAGCGAUCAAAGACAGGCUAUUGGUUUAUCGUCUUUCGACGGGAAGGCCAACUUGCUGCGUUUUGCUCGUUUCUGUAUUGGUUGAUCAAUGGAAAAAUUGUUCGAAGUGGAAGAUCUCUGUCACCACAUAGACAGCCUCCUGAUCGAAAAUCAACUCCCCCCAGAAGGAGACAACGCAAGCCAAGGCAAGUGUCCUGGCCACGAUCUCAAAGGUACUCGAUUUACAUCGAUCAAUCCAACUCAGGAUACGGAGGAGACGAAGGCCGUCUUGGAUCGAAAUUAACCCCCUCCCACCCAUUUGCCAGAUCAAAAUCACGAUCAAAGGAUAGAUAUCGUCGUUAA